AUGUCGCGAUCGUUUUAUGUGGAUUCGUUAAUGGUGAGCAAGCCAGGAAAUGGAGACUGCCCUCCUGCCGGGAGUCCGCCGUCUCAUCUGUCAGCGUUGUUAUCCCAACAUCCGGCACUGCUGGCCAGGUCGCACCAGUCUCCUCACACAGGGUCUCACCAUCAUCAUCACCACCACCCGAUGCCCACUCCUGGAAUCGCUUGUUACACCAGACACCCCGCCGACCUUUUGGGCGCCCUGUGUUGCCCUCUGUGUCUCCACGGCCCUGCAGCCUCUCCACACAGUUUGGCCGCCCAUGCUCUCAGCACAGCCCAGGUGAUGACCUCAGCCCAUGUUCUGACGUCCCACCCAUCCCCAGUCAUCCCCGGGCACAGACUGCCCCGCUCCUCAUCCCCGCUCCCGCUGAUCUCCACCUAUUCUUCAUCCCCAUUUUCUAGUCACUCCCCGAUGAAGUCUCACUCUCUCAUGCGCCCUCCGAUCCAGAACAGCGACUCUCGUCUCUCCCUGUCACCGUCGCCUCCACAGUCCAAGAAGAGGCCCAAGUGUGUUAACGGUCCAUCAGAUGAUCUGCCUUCCUCGAAACGCAUGCGCACUGCCUUCACAAGCACCCAGCUGUUGGAGCUGGAAAGGGCCUUCAGUUCCAACAUGUACUUGUCGAGACUGAGAAGAAUCGAGAUCGCCACCUGCCUCAACCUGUCCGAGAAACAGGUGAAGAUCUGGUUCCAGAACCGUAGGGUCAAACACAAGAAAGAAGGGCCCGAAGAGAGCAACCACGGUUGUGGAUGUCACAGAACCUGUUCGAGCCACGCCAAGAAACCGGAAGUUGAAGCGUUACCUCAGUCUGGAAUUGAACCGAAGACGUCUGCGACUGGAGAGAACAAAGAACAUCACGUGAUUGACCACAGAAAUGACAAAAGUCCCUCUAGCUUUUUUCCUGCAUCAAGAAGCAUUAGAAAAACAAAAUGCGGACACCAUGAAAACCGCAAAGACCGUUCGCUCCAGCCAGAACGUGUUGGUCUCACUUCUUGUGACAACAAGCAGGCUUCGAUGAAGACCGAUGACACAGACAGCAAUACUGGCGUAGUCAAUUCUGAACUAAGACUGAUCACUGUGGAGCAGGGAAGUAGUGCCGAAGAUGGUGAGCUGUCAGAGCCGUCGAGCCCUGAGUAA